GAACCCGGGGCGGGGCGCGGCGGGGGGGGCCUGGUCAGCCCGCCCGGCUCCCACUGUCAGUCCCAGGGAGGCGGCGGAAACCCCGCUGAGUCACGGCGGGGGCGGUUCCGCCCGCUGAAAAAUGUGAUCCGAGGUUCUGCCGGGCAGAGGGCGGCUCUGAACUCCUCUCCUCUCUCUCUCCUCUCCGCCGCCCGCACAGACCGCGCCGUCGGGCCCCGGCGUGGGACGCGCCCGCGGCGAGGAGCUGCGGCCGGCAGCCCGUGCCCGCCUGGCCCAUGGCGGAGCCGCGGGACCCCGCGGAGCGCUGCUCCUGCCGCAACACCAACUGCGUGGAGCACCUGCUGCGCUGGCUCUUCGAAGGGCUGGCGAGCGGCGUGGCCGCCUGCCCCUGGCCCUUCGUGCUGGUGCCGCUGCUGCUCUCGGGCGGGUUGGGCGCCGGCUUCGUCUUCCUGCCGCAGCGGCAGGCGAACGACAUCGAGGGGCAGUUCACGCCGAGCUGGGGGCCCGCCAAGGCCGAGCGCGACUUCGUGCGGCGGCACUUCCCCACCAACGACUCGGAGCGCUUCUCCGCCCCGCGGCUGCCCACCGAGGGCGCCUACGCCGCCCUCAUCGCCGUGGCGACGAGCGGGACCUCGGUCCUGGACGCGGCGGCGUGGGCAGAGGUGCUGCGGCUGAACGCCACCGUGCACGACGCCGAGUACGAGCGGCUCUGCGCCCGCACCGCCGGCGGCUGUGCCAGCCCCAACGAGCUGCUGUCGUCGCGGGGCGACGCGGGACCGCCCGCCCCGGGGAGCCUCCGCUUCCCUGUCAACGACGGCGUCUUCCUGGGGGCCGCGCUGGGCGGCGUGGAGACGGACGGCGAGCGGCUGCUCAGGGCGCGGGCCCUGAAGCUGGUCUAUUACCUGCGGGAGGACGGCCCCGAGGCGCAGGACAGCCGGCGGUGGCUGGAGAGCUUCCUGCAAAACAUCUCGUCCAAAGUGGCGGAGCUGCACCUCGGCUCCAUUCAGGUGACUUACUUUACCUCACUGUCCAGACAACAAGAGUUUGAAGGAAAUACGAAGAGUGUGAUUCCGCUCUUCUCCGUGACUUAUUUCUUAACAAUAAGCUUUUCAAUCAUCUCUUGCCUAAGACUGAGCUGUAUAAGAAAUAAUAUCUGGCUUGCAAGCUGUGGAGUGCUUUCUUCUGGCUUAGCUGUAUUAAGCAGCUUUGGAUUGAUGCUCUUCUGUGGAGUGCCGUUUGUGGUCACUGUAGCAAAUGCACCAUUCCUCAUUCUGGGGGUUGGCGUUGAUGACAUGUUCAUCAUGAUUGCUUCCUGGGAACAAAGUUCAAAGAAAAAACAGAACUCCAGUGUUAAAUCUCUGCUGGUUGAGACUUAUGCAGAGGCAGCACUUUCUGUGACCAUCACCACUCUGACGGAUGUUUUGGCCUUCUUCAUUGGCACCUGGACUGCUUUUCCGUCCGUGAGGUCUUUUUGCCUCUAUACAGGGACGGCUUUUGUCUUCUGCUAUGUAUAUACCAUGACCUUCUUUGGGGCAGUUCUGGUAUUAAAUCACAAAAGGGAGCAAGGGAACCGACACUGGCUGACUUGUAUGCCUGUGGAUGUAGGUCAAGGUCAGGCUGAGAACUCCUGCUUGUACAAUGCUUGCUGUAUCGGCAGCUGUUCUAGGCAGCCAUCUCAGCCAGAAGGUGAGCAUCCAAUGAGCGUAUUCUUUAAAAAGCAUUAUGGCCCUUUUGUUACAAAUAAAUGGAUCAAGGUGCUCCUGGUGUUGCUCUACGGAGCAUAUUUGGGUGGCAGCAUUUAUGGGUGUACUCAGGUCAGGGAAGGCAUCGAUCUCCGAAAUCUGGCAAAUGAUGCCUCCUACGUUAUUCCAUACUAUGAUGAUGAUGACAAAUACUUCUCCACAUAUGGACCCAGGGUCAUGGUUGUCGUUACUGAGAGUGUAGAUUACUGGAAUGAGUCGGUGCGUCUUGGCAUUGAGAGCUGUGUACAGAAUUUAGAGAACGUUUCCUAUGUAGAUAAGAAGUACUCAGAGUCAUGGCUGAGAAUAUACACAGACCUUGCCAAAAGGUACCCGAUAAAUAUAAACAGUAAGACUGACUUCUUAAAUAAAUUAACUAUACUGUUUGGAGCUCGGCCCAGUUCUGAGUGGGACAUAAGCAAGACUCAGGAUGCAAUAGAGGCUUCACGUUUCUUCAUCCAGACAGUGAACGUGACAUCAGCCGUGGAUGAGAAGAAUCUCCUCAAUCAGUUAAGAGAGGCAGCCAAGCAGUGCAGCAUUCCACUGAAGGUGUAUCACCCAGCCUUCAUCUACUACGACCAGUACCUGGUAAUAGUGCAGAACACUGUUCAGAACGUUGUCGUUGCUGCCGGGGCCAUGCUCGUUGUCUCCCUUCUGCUCAUUCCCAACCCGCUGUGCUGCUUGUGGGUGACCUUUGCUAUUGCCUCUGUUAUAGUUGGCGUCGCUGGUUUCAUGACAUUCUGGAACGUCAACCUGGAUUCCAUAUCCAUGAUCAACCUGGUCAUUUGCAUUGGGUUUUCAGUAGAUUUUUCUGCUCAUAUUUCCUAUGCCUUUGUUACGAGUGGAGAGUCAUCAGCCAAUAAAAGGGCAAUUGAAGCUCUGUCCCUGCUAGGUUACCCAGUUCUACAAGGUGCAGUUUCCACAAUAUUGGGCGUAGUUGUCCUGGCUGCAGCAAACACCUACAUCUUUAGGACAUUCUUCAAGAUCAUGUUCCUUGUUAUUUUUUUUGGGGCUCUUCAUGGUCUUGUUUUUAUUCCAGUGUUUUUAACAUUUUUUGGAAACUUUGGCAGAUCACCCAAUACCAAAUCUAAAAAACUUGAGCUUGAGAAAUUAUAAAGGUUGUUUGUGACUAAGUUGAAUGUGUUAUAAUUUAUAUUUAUUAUAUGUAGAGUCAUUUGUAAUGACUGUCAGGGAAUAUAAGACAUGAAUAAAAUGAAAGGCAAAAAAAAAAAAACCACAACAGGGAAGCAAAGGCUUCAGAAAAUCCAUGUAAGAAAAAUAAUUAAUUAAAACUUAGAGAUUGCAUUUUUGCAUUUCCAUUUCUCAUUUUUGUGUCAACAUGUUAAUGUUAUUAAAUAUUUUUUGUGUCUACCGAAUGUAUUAAAGUUAUUAUAAACACUAACCACUGUGUCAGCUUAAUGGACUACAUUAUAUGUUUGUCAGGACAUGUUCACAGUGGGGAAGAGUAACUUCCACUGGACUGCAUUUUCCACCUGUUUGCCUUGGUGCUGUAACUCAUCCCAACACUGAGCUGGAAGAUAGUUUUUACCCAAGAGGCUCAAAUCUGGAUGUUUUACAGCAAAAUUACAAGAGGUCAGAACUGUCUCAGACUGCAAUAACUCAUAAGCCUUCAGGAGACAAAAUGUGCUUAGGUUCUUAAUGCAGCACGAAAAAACCUUGGGGAAGACCCACCCCAAGCUGACUCCCAUUUUCUAUUCAAAGCCUUUUCUUGGUGUCCUGUUUUCUAGCUAAGGCUGAACAUCUGGUACCCUUAAGAAGUUUGUGUGUAGCUUCUGUUGGCUGCAGUUUGCAAAAGGAUGCAGGUUACUGUAGAUUGUAAAGGCUGUAGGUUACUGAACUUGCAUGGACCUCCAGAGUAACCACCCUGGGAGAUGCUGUGCUGUGGUAUGACAGGGCAAGGAUUCUCUAGAGAGAAUCACAGCCUGAUUCGAGACAAAAUGAAAAGGCAACUCAGGUUUAAGCAGAUCAGUCCUAAAACUGUAAACCCAUAAAUUCCAUUCUGUUAAUCCUGAGGAGUUUUCACUGAGUAAGAGCUAAAAAUAUACGAGAAGUGGUCUUCUAACUUGUAGGGACAAGACAGAAGGUAAAACUCAAUGCAUAAUUUGUUGCCAAUAUCACAAAUGACCCACUGGAAAUAAAGUGAAUGAUGGUAACUGAUGUAAUUCUGGAAAAAUUGGUGUAGAAUUUAUUAAACCAUUCAGUCCAAAUCUGCUGCCAUGGAGGGUUUCAUCUGACUGAGAAGUGUGACAGGGUCUGCCUCUGUUUCCUGGGAUUUCUGGCCCAUUUUAUGGGACCCAGUAGACAGGGCAGGAUCCUUCUGUCUCCUCUAGAACAGUUUUUGAAAGAGUAGUGAAAGAACAAAACGCAUAUCAAUCUUAGAAGAAAUCUGCUCCAGAACUCAAAGUCAAAACCCCACGCUGAAUCUCAGAAUUACAGCUAGCAGCAUAAAGCUUCCAGGACAGGGCACUAAACACAAAGCUAGAUUUGGGAAAAAACAAAUGCACUGGAGAGCACAACCCCAUGCACUAGUCCCCACUUCUCCCAAUAAAUGUUUCAUGGUCCUUACUAGUGCUCUAAUGGCAAAUGUUGCAGCCAUUUAUGCACUGAUGAUGCUGUGGAAGGAGCAGAUGAUGCUCUCAUUUUGACUAAUGCCAGAGGAAGGCCCCUUAGUAAACAUGUGUGAGUGACGGGUUUGGAAAAAGGGAAAUCUACUUCUCAGGGAAAUAAAGAGAGCAGCCUAUUUAAAGUGUGUACUCUCACCUCUCAUCGUGUUGUUUGGCCAUAUUUUAGAAGCAAAAAUUGCUUUUCUUGCUUCUAGCCAAAGCUUCCAAGCAGAUCAAUAGAGCAGAAAGUUAGGAAUGGCUUGAUUGCUCUAUCUUCACAGCCAGUUUAAAGGAUUAAGAUUUAGAACACUCUUCUGACAUUUCAGCUGAGUCAGGUCAUCACAGAGUAAGAAGCAGCCAGGAGAAGGCCACAACUUUCAGUGGAACUUUGCAUUUUGUGUUAAGCUUGCUGGUAGAAUUCUGUCAUGCCAGCUUCAGGAACACAGAAAAUUCAGAAUUAUGUCAAAGUUUUAAUUACUUAUUUUUAUGUGACACCCUGCUUGUGACCACUUUAGAGGUAUUUAAAAAGCAAACAGUGUAUCUAAACACUUGGCUCUGCCCUGUUUUCAACAGCAGGAGUCUGUUCCUACUUAAAGAAACACCUCUCUGUCUGAUUUCUGGAAGCUGCUUUUGUGAUUGUGAUGUGUUGACCCUGGCUGGACAGCAGGAGCCCACCAAAGCUACUCUAUCACUCCCCUCCUUAGCUGGACAGGGAAGAGAAAACACAGCAAAAGGCCUAUGGGUUGAGAUGAAGGCAGGGAGAGUUCACUCACCACUUACUAUCAUUGGCAAAACAGUUUUGAGUCAGUAAAAUGAGUUUAGUUGCCAAUCAAAUCAGAAAUAAAACCUAAUUUUAACACCACCUCUUCCCCUACCCCUCUUCUUUCCUGUUUUCAUCUUCACUUCCACUUUUCUCUACCUCCUCCCCCUCAAGCACCAAGACCAGGGUGGGGGCGGGACAGGAACUGGGGUUGCGGUCAGUCCAUCACAGGUUGCCUCUGCUGCUUCUCCCUCCUCAGGGUGAGGAAGACUCACUCUACCCCUGCUACCUCUCUUUCACUGACCUUGGUGUCUGCAGAGCUGUUUCUCUCACCUACUCACUCCUCUCUGUCUGGCUGCAAUUGCUCUCGGGCAGAGCUUCUUCCCCUUCUUUAAGUGUGUUGUUCCAGAGGCUUUACCACUGGGGCUGAUGGGUUCAGCCUUGGACAGGAGCAGAUCCUCCUAGGGCGGUCUGGCAGUGCUCUACUGGACACAGGGAAGCUUCUGGCAUCUUCUCCCAGAUGCCACCCAUGUAGCCUCCUCACUACAAAAACCCUGCCACCCAAACCCAAUCCAGUGCUCUCCUAUCUCUGCCCAAUAAUAAGAAAGGAGAAAUUCCAGCUCCUAGGGGCUUCCAACAGCACCAGCAAUCAAAUCCAAUGCCUCAGCAGACAAGUUUCUUGGAAUAUGUUACACAUAUGUUACAUGCACAAAACCAACUAGGAAUGACAGUAAACUCUUCAGUAAUACUUGCGCUGUAUUGGCCAGAAAGCAAAGAUACCCAUUACACUUUAUGGCUGAUCUUGUAAUUAUCUUUCAUCACCCAAUGACACAUCACUUUUUUUUUUCUUUUUGAUACUAUCCUAUGCAUAUAGCAAGAAGCUUUUGAAUAAGAAAAGUUGGACUUCAAGAACUGACCCUCCUAAACAACAUCAUUCAAUACAGAUUUUAGUAACUUCAAA